AUGCCAGGUGUCACAUGGACUACACCAGAACAGAAGGCCUUUCUGGAGAAAUACUACAGCCCUUUCUUAGAGGCGCAACUCCAGGCUACUGUCACCCGUUUCUGGAUCCUCCUAUAUGCUGAGUUGUUUACAAAAUGGCCCGAUGUCAACGAAUUAUUCAAGGGUCAGACUGUACCGGUCACGCUGUCUGAGGAACAGAAUAUUGCAUUAGGAAAGGCAGUAGAUGCCAGGCAUAAGAAAAUUUGCACAUGGUUCAAUAAUCAGUCCCAGAAGAGCGGUAAAGCAGCUGUGAAUUCGAUGACGAAAUCGAUGACGAAGCUGAUGAAUAACAGAGCUAAGGGUACACGAGUACAUAGCGAGGUUGAGGUCUUCUCAAAAAUGAUGUACAGAGAGAGCGUACAAGAAGGGGUGAAGAAGGAAAUUGAGACGGGUGCCCUUGUCACAAAAGAAGAAAAGCUCCUCGGCAUUAGGGAACUCACCAGGAAGGCAUAUAAAGCUUCUAGCGAUGAGGUUCGUGCUUUGUGCAAAGCAAAAGUGCAAGAAGAACAAGACUCUAAGACUCAAGUUAGAGUCCUUGGGGGACUUAGAGGGGAAGGAAGUGUGCCUCCUACCAAUGAGCAAUAUCCAACAUUAGACCUUCCUCUUUCAGCUAUCUGA